AUGAUCGCUUCUACAUGGACCCUCCUCGCCCUCGGCGCAUUAGUCGCCGCGACACCAUCGAGAGAAGAUGCGCUUCCUUCGUAUCACUACGGCGCUCCCAUACCCGUUGAGUGUAUGAGUCGUAAUUCUGAGACUGGCGAACAUGUCGAAAACGAAAAACACGAAAUCGAAUGGAAACCCUUCCCAACAUGCAACGAAACCGGUCGUCCCCUCGAAUUCAACUACGGAAAAGAAGGCGAAGUCAACUGUACAAUCGCCAUGAUCGACGAUCCCUUCUUCCACCUCCUCGAAUUCUACAUCCACUCCGAUGCGCCUCUGUCCUGCCGCGUUCCGUCCCGCCCAGCCGCUGAAGUCGAAGUCGUAGGCGAGAAAGCUCCCCCGAGGGAGUACGUUCCCGUGGUGUUUGCUCUAGCGGGUACACUGCAGCUUAGCCAUAUUCAUAUCAGCACCAAGAUGAAUGUCUUGCUGCAUAGCACGCCGAAACAUCAUGCGCAUCCGCAUGAUAGCGGUGUGUUGGAUUCUGCGAUUGCGUACAGUACUAGUCCUUUGCAUCACUUGCAGGGCUCACAUACGAGAAAAUUAGUUAUUGGUGAUCCGCUACCGUUGGUGCUUUCAGUGCGAUGGUUUCCUACGCCUGCACUCCCCAAAACGGAGGGCAAGGUGGAGUGGCAGGGUCUUGGAGGGCAUAUUUAUGCUAGUACUGUGUUCUACAGUCUUGUUUCGUUCGGCGCGGGUGUGCUUGUUGCGGGUAUGUAUACUAUGGGUGUCGUUUUGCCGAGACGACUUAAAGGACGGGCGCUUGGUGGUGCGACGCCUUUGGGAUAUGGGGUUGGUACUGUUGGGAAUGGAUGGGGGUAUUCAAAGCCGAAUAAGAGAUCGGAUUAG